UCCACGCGCAUGCACUCGUCAUUUAGCAUCUGCAGAGCUUGCACCCGCCACGCUGACUCGCCUGCAGCGUUUCCAGCAGUGCAUGCCAUUGCAAAGCGGCGCAUCGUCCACCACAUCGGCAUCCUCCUCCAGCUCCAGUUCCAGCCGUGCUUGCCAGCAGGCCGCAUGUGCUAAAGGCUCAAGCCUACGGCUGUCUGGUUCACUGGAGGCUGGCGCGAGUGACGGCAGAGCUGAUGAUGUAGUGGAGAGCCCUACCCGUGCUGCUGCUGCUGCUGCUGCUACUGCUACGACUGUUACCUGUACCGGUGGUGAUGAUGAUGGUGGUGAUGAUGAUGGUGGUGAUGAUGAUGGUGGUGAUGAUGAUGGUGGUGAUGAUGAUGAUGAUGACCUGGUGUUGGUGAGCUCGACCACGCCGCGAAGUCGAUCGCAGCCAGUGGCCUCUCCUCCGGCCAAGCGUGUGCGGCGGCCAGCUUCAUCUGCAUCGUCGUCGUCGUCAACGUCGGAUAUCAAAGCUUCCAUUGUCGCAUUUUAGUCCCCCGCCAGUCACGUUUCCACGCCGGUGUCUUCAAGGACGCUAUUGUCUCCGUCCUCGGUAUCAUCACGGCUGACCUCUUCACCAUCGUCCAGCAGCUGUGC